GACUUGGUUCGCCGUUACAACGGCGAGCUAUCGAUGUUACAUCGCCGCCCUGCCAUCACUAGCAAGUCCGCGGAAAGUAAAUAAGAAAACGGACGCCAAAUCGAAUCUUCCCUCUUCCCCGGAUGCAGUGCAGCAAGCUCUCGGUCCCUGAAAAUCCUGCAUGGGCCUGGGAUUCCGAAUCUGCUUCCGCCCCGGAUCCGUACCUCACCGUGGCAUCCGCAUCCGCCACCGCUUCCGCCCACGCACAGCAUCCGCAUCCACAUCCGCGGCACCAAAGAAACGUCUAUCCACGAUGAGCACCAGCGAAGGAAGCGGCCACGGAAGUGGAAUUCGUACUCUGAAUCGCAAUGGCAAUGUAAACGGCAAUGGAGACCUCAGUCUGAUGCAGGAUCUGCAGCACAAGUACGCCUUCCUCGAGAAUCUCUUCAGCAAGUUCUGGAAGUCCAUCAUAAAGUCGAAUUCCAAUCUCAAGCUGCAGCUGCGCAAUGUCAAGUGGAAGAAUGCCAAGGCGAAGCCCGGUUGUGCCUACCAGCCAACGGAGAUCGAGCAGGUGGCCAAUGUGAUUACUCAUGGCAUUUGGAUACUGCCAGCCGUGUUUGCGGCCAUCAAGCUGUUCGAACGCUCCUCUAGCGCCAGCCAAUAUCUGGUUGCCUGGGUCUACGGCGGAGCCCUGUGCAUGCUCUUCACGGUGUCCACCUUCUUCCACUGCUCCUGCUACUGUGCCGAGCACAAACCACCGAAGAAUGUCAAAGCCUGGCCUUGUCUCGGCUGGCAGACGUACCAGGGUCUGAAGAACGUGCUCCAUCGCUGCGACAGGGCGAUGAUCUAUGUGUUCAUCGCCGGUUCGUACUUCCCCUGGCUCACGCUGGAGAACACCGACCACUCGGCUAUACUCUUCUGCAUGGAAUGGGUCAUCUGGCUGAUGGCGGGCAUAGGAAUUGCCUACCAGCAGGUCUUCCACGAACGCUACAAGUGUCUGGAGACGUUCUUCUAUCUGGUGAUGGGCCUUGGACCCGCUCUAGUUGUGGUGUUCACUGGACACCACUUCCACGGGAUGAUGCAGCUCAAGUUCGGCGGCGGCUUCUACAUCCUGGGCAUUGUGUUCUUCAAGGCGGACGGCACGAUACCCAUGGCCCAUGCCAUUUGGCAUCUGUUUGUGGUGCUGGCCGCCGGAUGCCACUAUUACGCCAUCCUGGUGAAUCUAUAUCCCAGCGAGGUGGCCACAGCACCGUGAGCAAACGAAUGCGACAAAGCAGUUGUGGUAACACGCAGCGAAUUUAAAACUUAGAGUACUUAACGACAGGGAUUCGAUGUUGUCAGCCAUGUGUAACGUAUUCCUAUGAUAUACUCGAUGUACCCGAGUCUCUGCUCCACAAUUAGCCAAAUUUUAAUCGAGCAAGGACGCCUAGUUGUAGCCUAGUUGUAGCAUUACGAAUUAACUAAAUCGAAACGAUUCUUGUGAUCAGUAUCUGCGGUCUUGCCAAAGAUUCAAAUUGUGCGAGUGCUCAUGUCUCUCUCUUUCUCCCCCUCAAUUUAACUUGAUAUUAUUAGCGAUAUUCAUAUAGUUAGUAUCCAUAACGACCCGUUUUGGCCAUGUGUUUCUGAAAAGACUUUGAACUGUACUCAAAAGGCGAAGGACACGAAUAUUAAACUUGUACAAACGACCUGAACCUUUUGAACACUAGAAGCCCGCCUAUCCCGCAUUGCAUUAUACAUGUUUAUACAGAUUAUACAGUUAUACUAUAUACGAUAUACCCAUAUACACAUCUAGAUAGAAUUAAGAAAUCGUCCGAUCCGCGAGUCCAGCCCCUUUGGCCAGUUUCAUCGCCGAGCUCAGGGACAAAUCGAUGUGUUCGCAGAUACUGAAGAAGGUGACUAUUUACAAAUACGCUUGAUAUCUUGAUAUUUUGGGGCCUGGCUCGCGAUCGACGGAUAUAGCUUUCGUGUACUACUCGUAUUUAUGGUGCAGAUCGAUUAGUUUUAAUGCCGCUAAUAAAUUGUAUAUUUCCAAAUGAAA